AUGGGCAGCGCCAGCCCAGGCCUGAGCAAUGUGUCCCCUGGCUACCUGCUGCUGUCCCCAGAUGUGGCACUGAGGACAGGUGUGGAGAAGGCGGAGGCAGGAGCAGUGGGUCCUGAGAAGCGAGAAUGGAGCCCCAGCCCUCCCGCCACCCCUGAGCAGGGCCUGUCUGCUUUCUACCUCUCCUACUUUAACAUGUACCCUGAGGAUGGCAGCUGGGUAGCCAAGGUCCCCGAGGCCGGUGCCCGGGAGGAGCCACUGGAGGAGCCUGAGCAGUGUCCGGUCAUCGACAGCCAGGCCUCGGCGAGCAGCCUGGAUGAACACUCGCUUGAGCAGGUGCAGUCCAUGGUGGUGGGCGAGGUCCUGAAGGACAUCGAGACAGCGUGCAAGCUGCUCAACAUCACAGCAGACCCUGGGGACUGGAGCCCUGGUAACGUGCAGAAGUGGCUGCUGUGGACAGAACACCAGUACCGGCUGCCUCCAGCCGGCAAGGCCUUCCAGGAGCUGGGCGGCAAGGAGCUAUGCGCCAUGUCGGAGGAGCAGUUCCGUCAGCGCGCACCCUUGGGCGGGGAUGUGCUGCAUGCACACCUGGACAUCUGGAAGUCAGCGGCCUGGAUGAAGGAGAGGACCUUGCCUGGGGCCCUUCACUACUGCGCCUCCACCAGCGAGGAGGGCUGGACAGACGGCGAGGUGGAUUCGUCGUGCUCCGGGCAGCCCAUCCACCUGUGGCAGUUCCUCAAAGAGCUGCUGCUCAAGCCCCACAGUUACGGCCGCUUCAUCCGCUGGCUCAACAAGGAGAAAGGCAUCUUCAAAAUUGAGGACUCUGCCCAGGUGGCCCGGCUGUGGGGUGUGCGUAAGAACCGGCCGGCCAUGAACUAUGAUAAGCUAAGUCGCUCCAUCCGCCAGUAUUACAAGAAGGGGAUCAUCCGCAAACCUGACAUCUCUCAGCGCCUCGUCUACCAGUUUGUACAUCCUGUCUGA